UUAUUGGCAGCUUGAGAUGCAUUUUUGCCUUUGUCAUAGUAGUACUGUAAAAUGUGUUGGAUUUUCUCUUUAUUUUGCUCCAUAUUUGCGACACUAUAACUCGACUUAACCAAACAAAACACUGUCAAGGAUUAUAUUAUAGCGGGCAAAAAUACCUUUCCAACAAGCUAUAGUAUGCCUCGAUACAAUGAAUACAACUAGAACUACGCGCUUACAACGACACCUCGCGGAAAUACCGCAGGACUUUUUUGACAGCCUAAUAUAUUGACUCACUUUUGCUUUUUUGACAAAUUAUAUCUUUAUAGAUGAUAAUAAAUUGAUUUAAGAAUGCAUUACACUUGGUUCGCUGUGGUUGAACGGAAUUUUGAAAAAUGCAGAUCAGCGCUUCUACACUUCAUUGCAGCCCGUAGGCUGUCUUACUUACAAGAUCCCGACAACAUUUGAUUCCAGGGGCUGUCCGGAGCACAAAAAUCUGUUGAAGAUUCCGAUCUGCCUUCUUGGAGAAAACGAUCACUAUCGUCCGAUGCUAUAUUGUAGAUUUAUGGUUCGCUUUGGUUGAAUGCAAUUUCGUUUUUUACAUUCUGCUACAGUGAAGAGAUGGAUCGCCCUCUUUAAGUGUCUCACCGUUCGGGCUGUGCAUCUUGAAGUUGCCUAUAGUCUGUCAACGGCUUCCUGUAUCUCCUGUGUACGACGAUUCGUCGGUCGUCGAGGAUCGCCAAUGGAAAUUUUUAGCGACAACGGUACGAACUUUCAAGGUGCGGAACGUAUACUUCGUGAGUAGAUCGACAAAGAGUUGUCUGUGACAUUCACCAGCACAACGACGAAGUGGAGUUUCAUACCACCCGGGGCUCCACACAUGGGGGCGCUUGGGAAAGGUUGGUACGGUCUGUCAAGUCGGCUAUGAAGGAUGCAUACAUGGAGGGGGAAUUAAACGAUGAAGAACUUUUAACGCUGGUUGUAGAAGCGGAGAGAACGGUUAAUUCGAGGCCUCUGACAUACUUACCCCUUGACUCCGAGGAGUCAGAAGCUUUAACACCCAAUCACUUCCUUUUGGGAAAUUCUAGUGGAGCGAAGCAAACUGGUGUGGGGAUUAGCGAAUCCCAAAAUAAUUUGCGGGAAACCUGGGGUGGAAUUCAACGGCAACUGGACAAGUUCUGGCAGCGUUUUCUGAUCGAAUAUCUACCGGUCAUCCGUAGGCAACCAAAAUGGUUCGCCGAAACCAAACCUUUGCAGGUCGGCGAUCUAGUGCUGGUUGCAGACGGAGGAAAGCGCAACGAAUGGGCCCGAGGCAAAGUGAUCCAGGUCUUCCAAGUCUGUGACGGCAAGAUUCGGCAAGCCUUAGUGCGAACGCAACAGGGAACCUUCAGGCGGCCGACAUCAAAACUCGCCGUGCUCGACGUGGAUGCUCGUGCUGUCCCAGAAGACGGUGGGAAGCACCGGGGGGAGGAUGUUGACGGUACCGUCGAGCUGGCCACCCUGUCUCAACCGGUUCUACCGUUCCAAUGAUAAGCUGUCAGCAGCGAUGAUGUGACGUAUAGAAGCUGUAGGAAAAAUGAACAUAACAAACCAAAACAACAGGAGAACUAACGUGUAGUGAAAUAGUCAGAAAAAUAAAGUAUAGUAGCAUUCAGGUGAAAUUUGAUAAAAACUUAUAAUCUAGUUCUAAACCUACUUACGAACUAGAUAAGGAUCUAGAUUUAACCUAAAAUUCGACGGUGAAUUGAAA